AUUUAUUUCCUUCGGCGAACGGCUGGAAAGCUGAAAGGAAGCUUUCGUUUUUUGACAUGACUAAUGUGGUAGAAGAUGCAGAAACUAGACAAGAAAUCGGAGGUAACCUCACAGACAUUCUCACAGAGGGUUUUAUGGAGUCUUUUGUUCCUGGACUGGAGAACCUGCAAGGGAGACUUGGCGAGCUAACUCAAAAUCAAGGAAUUUUAAUUGAAACCAUACAACAAGAAAAUGCCAAGUAUGCAGAAUGCCAGUCAGCUAAAAACCUUCUUGUCAUGCUUUCCUAUGUUCGAACCUAUCAUUCCAAGCUUACUAAAAUCAAGCAGGAUAUGAACUCUAUUGAAGACAGAGUUGCAAGACUUCAGAGGAGAGCAAUGAAACUCAAGUCACAGAAGGAAAAGGAAGAACGUAGCAAAGUAGAGGCUCAGGAGCGGCAACUAGAACUAGAGAGACAACUCACGGCUAAAUUGGCAUCUGAACAUCAGCGAUAGACUUGUCCCAAAUAAUAUAGGGUAUUCAUAAUUAAUUUGUCUUAUUAAUCUUGUCAGUUCAAUAGUCAUGGCCUGGAAACCUAGUGGCGACUCAAGUGCUUCAAAUGGAAUUGUUCAGGGCUAAGAAUAACCAAAUAUGGGCUGAUGGAAUGCCAUUAUUUCAGUUGUGUACCUUCCCACUCAGAAUGACUGUCUCAUGCAUGCCUUUCCAGAUACUCUUGGCCAAGGCCAUUACUCUUCUUCAAAGUUAGCAAAGUUGGCAAGCAGAAAAUUUAUGCCCUUGUUUAUCAUGACUUCAAUGUGAUUGGCAGAGGAUGCAAAUUUGUUACUAAAUAUGAAUUUGCAUGGCAAAUUAAUGUGUGUACAUCUGUUCAUAAUUUUCUCAGUCAUUUAUCAUGAGCAUCAAAUGAUUUACUCUACUCAUAUUUGAGAAUUCUUUCAAAUCCUUUCAAGUUUGAGAGAAUUUUCCAUGUACGUGUUUGAGUAAAUUGCAUUUAGCAGAAAUUGUUGAGUAUUGAGUCUCGAAAUUUAGAUUUGUAAACAAGGGUUUUUGAAUGUUGCCGAGUCUUGGAUUAGAUCAUUCUGCUGGAGUGAAUACGUUGAUGUAAUAUUAUUAAUUAAAUUAAUACACUAUUUAUAAUUUAUAAUUUGUUCUGGUGGAAAGUACUGUCCAAAACCAGGACAGCCAGUUUGGCACAAGGGAUUGUAAAGAACAAUUACAUACAAAGAAUGGUUUUCAAGCUGUUAAGUUAAUAAAUCAAACAAAUUAAAAACUCAGUAAAGUAUUAUAAAUACUUCAAAAGUAUGUUUUAUUAAUUCAAAACAAUACCUACUCUUCAAGGGUGUACAUGUAUGUCUAGACAAAAAGUACCCUAGGGGCAACUUGUAAAUUGAAUAGAUUAACUGGUAUUUUAUGUAUGAAUCCCUUUAUAUUAUUUACAAAUGAAUGUACAUGUGUAGUAGCACCAUUUCAUGGUGAUCACAUUUUGUAUAUUUGUUUGAUACAACGUUCCUACUAAACAAGGCUGUAUUGUUUC